UUCUCAUAUCGUCUAAUUGUUAUCAUGAAAAUUGCCGAAGCUCAAUCGUAAUGUCAGAAUUGUUACACGUUACACCGCGGCUUAAUAUUGUACGUACACCGAAUUGAAAUUGAGAAAUUAUUUUAUACUUCAUGUAUCUUCAACAGUUACUUGAUCUAUAGAUUACUACGUUUGUUUGUAUUUCGAUAUAUUUACAAUCGACAAAGCGACGUUUACUUUAGCUCUUCUAGCUCUCAAAGAUUUGCGGAUAUCGCGAAUAAAUAUCCGGCAACGAUCGCCGUGCGAUCACACCGAGUCACAUCGAUCGGUACCAAAGGAUUCGGACAUUUAUAGGAGAAAGCGGGAGACUCGAAAGCGAGACGGUUGAUGGUUUUUGUGGUCGAAAAGAGCGGCUAACCGUCGCACCGUGUCGAUGGUUUUGUUCGCGUUGAUUUCCUAUUCCGGGGGAAUAUACCAUCAUCGACCCGUGAAGUUCUACAGUGAAACGUGAAUGAAACAUUCCAGUCUGAUCCUGUCCUGUAAACGAUAUGUGCAUACAUUUACAUUAAUAUCAAGGAAAUGAAAAUCGUAUCUAUAAUCAACUUGUUUUUCCACCUUCCUUUAAUACAGAUCUGUUCUAUAGUUUUUCUUAUCACGCAUGCUUCACCUCCUGUAUAUUUUUGAAGAAAAUAAUACAGAUAUGUUCUUCGAAAAGCGUUAUCGUGUAUGUAGGUAAUUAAGUUACGUAAACGAGCCGAGCUAAUGCCCAACAAAUCGAAUUAACUGGCGACCUAAUACAAUUACUGGGGCAGCAGAGUAGACGAUCUUGAGGCUUCUUUUGUAUGUUGUCGAAAAUCGUUCGACAGUUUUCACAUGUCGAACGUCGGUGGCGUUUAGUUUUCAUAUUUUUCUGAGCAUUGGUGAAAUUCCGUGCCGCUCGAGGAAGGAUAAAAAUGGGCAAGGACGACGCCGAGACUAUAGCCCUAAAGAAAGAACUGGAGGAUCUCAUCAACAAAUGCAAGGAAGAACAAAAGAAGCAGCAGGAUACGACGUUGGCGGAAGCGUGCGCUGGAGUGGCGGAUGCUCCCAAAGUUAGACUGUCAACUAAGAAGAUGCUGAAGGGGCAUAUUAAUAAAGUCAAUUCGGUGCACUUCAGUGGCGAUAGUCGACAUUGUGUGACGGGAUCGCUGGACGGGAAGCUGAUCAUCUGGGACACGUGGACCGGCAACAAAGUGCAGGUCAUCCCUCUGCGUUCAGCCUGGGUGAUGUCGGUGGCUUUCGCGCCAUCCGGCAAUUUCGUCGCGUGCGGCGGUAUGGACAAUAUGUGCACCGUCUACGACGUGAACAAUCGCGACGCCACGGGAUCCGCCAAGAUCACGAGGGAGCUUCUGGGUUACGAGGGAUUCUUGUCGUCCUGCAGAUUCCUCGACGACAAGAAAAUCAUCACUGGGUCCGGCGACAUGAAAAUUUGCAUAUGGGACCUCGAGGCGAACAAGAAAACGACGGACUUCGAGGCGCACUCGGGCGACGUGGUGAGCAUCAGCUUGUCCCCCGACGGCAACACUUACGUCACCGGCUCGGUCGACAAAACCUGCAAGCUGUGGGAUUUGCGGGAAGAGAAAGCCAAACAGACGUUCUUCGGUCACGACGCUGACGUAAACUCCGUCUGUUAUCAUCCUUCCGGACAAGGUUUUGUAACGGCGUCCGAGGACAAGACCGCGAGACUGUGGGACUUCAGAUCCGAUCAAGAGCUAGCCACUUUCAAGCCGCCGAACUCGAAUCCCGGAUUUACAUCUUGCGGUCUGUCCCUGAGUGGCAGAUUCAUAUUUUGCGGCAGCGACGACAAUUCCAUUCAUAUAUGGGACACGUUGAAGACCCAACACAACGGUGUUUUAUCUGGCCAUGAAAACAGAGUGACGUCGCUCUGCGUCUCCGGUAACGGGAUGGCAGUGGCCAGCUGCUCCUGGGAUCAGCACGUCCGAAUUUGGGUGUGAAUAUAUUUAUUACACUUAAAAGAGCUGUCUGAAGAAAUCGAUGAAAAGAAAACACUAGGCAAAAUAUAUUAAAACAAAUAUAUUGAUGUUAAAAGCCGAUCGAUUCUUCCUGCACGAAACCUGCGCAGCAAUCUUGCCGAUUAAAUUCUUACGAGUUGCUGCCUUUCGUCUAUAAUUACAGUGCAAUCUUAAUCUGCAUAUGCUCUUUGCACAUUCGCAAUCUGCAUGCAUUAUAAAACUAAAAAGUAAAAGAACAUGAGUUUUCUGUCACGGAUUAAUUCUGGAUUUAUCCCACAUGUUAAAUAAAUAAAUCUCUAGUUAAUAAAUAAUUGCAUUAAUUACAUAAUUAAUAAUGACAAAU